AUGCCAUCUGCUCUAGGGAAAUGUCUUAGCAUCGAUCCCGCGAAGCGAAACUUGCACGAGGCCCUCAAUGCGCUCACAGGAAAUAUCCAGCCACAGCUGGGACCCCAGGAGAAUGGCAGAGACAUCCUUCUCCGCAUGAGCUACGAUCAUCACGUUCUGUCAUGGCAGCAGAUGAGAGAGCUCGAGCCAGCGGUGCAAUCCUUUGUGUUCCAGAGCUUCCGCGCCAAAGUUGAGGGAUUACUAUCUCAGCAGCGGGUCAACGCGCCCGACUGUUUCGUUCUUACAUCCUACUAUAUCAAUGGCUACGGUACCAAAGUCAACCUUGAAGAGGCCAAACGCCUUUUCCAGAUAUGUUCAAAUGCCAACUACAAGCACCCUCCUUCGCGCGCAUAUGCAUACCGUAUCUGGAAGUUUCUCAAUCCAAACUUCGUGACAAGCGAAUCCAUGAUUACCAACUUGAUUCAAAUGGCAUUGGAUGGUUCACGAAUGGCUGCUAUGGAUCUCAAGGAGGUGGCGCCUGACAAAUACCCUGAGAUUGAGACUCUCAUCCGCGACGUGCUUGCAGGCGUUGGAGGCAACUUUUUCCAUGCGAAAGAGAUGCUCCAUGGCUACGUGUAUGAUCAAUGGGUUCGCACCUUGGACAAUCAAGAAGUCCUUGUUCAGAACUUCAAGAACUUGAAUCGGAUCGCUGAUUAUAAGGUGAACAAACGGGGAGACGGUAUAUUACACAUGGCAGCCAAUACUGGCCGAAUACAAGCCAUCGAAACCCUUUUGGCUAACUUCCCAGGCCUUACUCUUGAUCAGCUCAAUGAUAAAAGAGAGACUCCACUUCUGUGUGCCUCUCGAGCUGGACAGGUGGCUACUGUCCUCAGACUAGUCGAACUCGGCGCAAACGCUUCCAUUGUUGCUCUCAAUGGGGAAUCAUGUCUGCACUGGCUGGUCUCUUUCAAAGAUGACGACAUUGAUGUAAUCGGAGGGGCGCUCAUUCAAGGAGGUGCUGAUCUAAGAGUGUUUACCCGUGAGAAGGUCGCGCACUCUGUAUUUUGGCCCACAAUCGAGGUCGAUCAUCAGAUUCCCGGUACGCCUCUCAACUGGGCUGUUCAUCACAACCGGGCACGCAUUAUUCAAUUCCUCCUGAACAAGGCAUCCGAUGCGAUGAUUUGUCUCGAUCGAGCGACUAAUCUUGUUGGACCCUCACCACUGGAAUACGCGGCCUACUAUCACCAUCUCGAAUGCCUGGAGUUGAUGCUGGAAGCACUCGACGAAGCGAAGACUACCUAUAGUCUCGAGCCCAUUAUCCGAGCCGGUGUACACUCUGCAGAUACAUUUUCGAUGAUUCUCCGACAUGGUGCGAGAUACAAGGAGCGACUGCACAGGUUCUUGGAUUUCUGCCUACGAAAAUCGAAAGGUAUUGUCUUUAUGACGGGAAUGGGAGGAUUUGACACUCAUUUACUCUACUACGCUGUCAGCGAGGGCCAUGAUGAAGUUGUCGAGUAUCUUUUAUCCGACGAGGGCAAGAGCUUGGUCGAGUCACUCAACAUACAUUCCAACGCUGGCCAGUCCCGUCCUGGCGUGUAUGACCCAAGCGAUAUCAAUCGACCGGCGCGGGAGGACUGGCGUACACCAGUACUGGAGGCGAUACGGUGGAAUCGGAAAUCGCUCGUUGAGCUCCUAGUCACGAACGGAGCUGAUCCGAAAGCAUUAGCCAAGAACCCUUUCAGCGAUGAAAUGAACUGGACAGGCUUCCACAUCCUUGCAAUUGCCGGGCACAACACAGACUACUCAGAGCUGGUGCCGUUCCUUAUCGAAACUGGCCUGCUCAUUGACGGCAUUCCUAGCAGCGACACCAAUGACUCGAACGGUCCAGCGGAAACACCAUUGCUCGUCGCAGUCCAACAUAAUGCGUUCAAUCUAGCUACCACCUUCCUCGAGCACGGUGCAGAUCCCAACGCCUUGUGUGUCAGCUCUGGGUUACUUUCUCUGGAAUUCCCCACCACUAUCCUUGGCCAGAUCGUCGCCGCUUCGUCACAACACACAAUACCGCGUCUAAGAUAUCUUAUCGAGCAGUGUCCCAAAAGCAACGCCAUAGAAUUCAUCGUAGAGCCCGCCCGACAAGUGAGCGUACUUCACCGCGCCGCCUGGGCUCAUAAAGGCAUAACGCAUCGAGUACCGGACGAGUCAAAUGGCAGCGCCCUGUCCCGAGAGGAAUAUGACAUGGUUGUUAACCGGGACAUUAUGCACGAACUGUUGCAGAAGUGGGGAGAUCCGGAAACACAUUUGAAUAUUCGCUGUCAGAUCCAUGGGCGAACUGCACUUCACAUGGCCGUCGAAGCCGGAAACCUCAAGGCAGCCGAGCUCCUGGUGGAGAAGGGAGCGGAUGUAUCGGUCUGUGAUGAUCUAGGGCUUACCCCCGUUGAUCUGGCGGGGGAAAGGUUGAAUGAGCUGGGCGAUCAGCGCUCUUGGGAACAAGAGGUAUAUGCUGCCUUGAUUUCCUUGCUGAUGGGAGACAGGGCGGUGUUUUUUAAAUGA